CUGCAAGACAUAUUAUGAAACUGCGCAGAAAUUUCCGGUACAGCCAACCAGAGCUAGUCAGUGUGGCUGCAUCUACUAAGACCUUAGCCCGGAGUCACCAGAGGAGGAAGAGGCUGUUGGAGGCUAGGCAGAGUGUACUGGCUGAGGACGAGGUGGACUUCUGGAGGGGCAUCACUGCUGACAUGAUGUCUGAUGAAGAAGACGGUACUAUUGAUGGAGUGUCUGGGUGGAUUGUGAGAACUCCAUCGUUCCGCAGCCAGGAGCUCAGCAUUCUGUGUUCCACACUGCAAGCAAGACUGGAAGCUAGUACAAAGCAUGCAGCACUGCAUCACUAGCGUCUGCAGGGUGGAUUACCUUCUGGUAGAUUGCCACCGCAAACCUAUGACUCCAAGGCGGCAAAAAAGCACCUGAAGCCAAUCCACGUAUGAUGCCCUAUCCAAGACUGUAGCCUCUGGCUAACUGACAAACUUGCUUGCUUGUGUGUGUGUGUGUGUUUGUGUGUGCAUGUUUUUACCUAUUGUUUAUCAAUAAAGUGCUUUUAUUUAAUCAACAUGUCCCAAAUGUUUGUUUUCUUUCCCUAAUGUUCAUGCA